CGUGGAGAGAUGGUAUUACUUGUUGCGGUCCAGAGCAUCUCCACUCACUCCAAAUCACACCCUCUCCACUCUAAGCUUCUGCGAUGCGACUGACCUCGACUAUACCAUACUGUAAACCAGUCACGAAACUCGACCUAGAACAUCACAGGCUCAUCAGCCUUGCAAAAUAACGUUUACUUCCGCCCUGCCACCCUGGAUGGCCCAGCAUCUAGACCCUUCAAAAACCACCCUUCACCCCAGGAUUACCGCUCAUUGAUCCCCCUGUGCAGCAACCACGAAAUUUAAUAACGCACCAACCCGUCCCAUUCGCGACGCGCAUCGGAGAAUUCACGAGGGCCCGACGCUUUCAGAUCCGCGCCGAAACCACUGGCUACCCUGCAACCUGGGAUUAAUGUUUUGGAAACCCAGCGGUGCUGCUCGAACUACGACCCGUGGAGUGAUUGCCUAACCAAUCGCCACGAGAUGUCAGACCCAGCAGAGAAGGCGUUAAAGCCCAAACCGAGCGUCAGGCUCCUACAGAUGCAAGAUUUCUUUUCACAACCGGUGACCGCUGCGUUCUGCGCUGGAGGUGUUGCCGGCGCCGUCUCUCGAACUGUCGUCUCGCCUCUAGAGAGGCUCAAGAUCUUAUACCAAAUCCAGGGUGCUGGUCGUCAAGAAUACACUCAGUCCGUCACGAAGUCAUUGGCUAGGAUUUGGCGUGAGGAAGGAUGGAAGGGGUUCAUGAGGGGUAACGGCACAAACUGUGUCCGUAUAGUACCAUAUUCUGCCGUGCAGUUUGGUAGCUACAACUUCUACAAGAAGUUCUUCGAGCCAACACCUGGUGCCGACCUCUCGUCGUUCAGGCGAUUAAUAUGCGGAGGAGCCGCUGGAAUUACUUCUGUUUUCUUUACUUACCCACUUGAUAUUGUCCGCACCCGCCUUUCGAUUCAGUCAGCCUCAUUCGCCGCGCUUAGCAAUCUUCACAAAUCCAAGUUACCCGGGAUGUGGAGCACCAUGGUCAUGAUGUAUAAGACCGAAGGCGGCAUUCUUGCUCUAUACCGAGGCAUCGUACCCACCGUUGCUGGUGUUGCACCCUACGUCGGCUUGAAUUUUAUGACUUAUGAACUUGUACGGAAACACUUUACACCAGAGGGUGAUAAAAACCCCAGCGCCCUACGUAAACUUGCCGCAGGCGCAAUCUCGGGAGCCGUUGCACAGACGUGCACAUACCCAUUCGAUGUCCUACGGCGACGCUUCCAGAUCAACACCAUGUCGGGGAUGGGUUAUCAGUACAAGGGGGUAUUCGACGCCGUGAAGGUAAUUAUCGCACAGGAGGGCGUCAAGGGAUUAUACAAGGGCAUCGUCCCGAACCUGCUCAAGGUUGCGCCCAGUAUGGCGAGUAGCUGGCUCAGCUUCGAGAUGACAAGAGACUUCUUGGUAGGUAUGAACGAUGAUGUUUCAAAUAUCUGAAUGAUUAGGGGUGGGGGUGGGGGUGCGUGAAACUGCUGGUGGUGGUCAUUCGUCACAUUAGGAAGCGGUAUGCAAAUAGACGACGGGAUUUUAUAGAUCACUUGUACAAAGCCAUAUUUGAUAUAUAACUAUAUACAGUAAUAGAAAGAGAUUAUACGUACCGCUUUGUGUCGGGAUCCAAGAAUCACCAGGUGAGUAGAGGAGAGAGGCACGUGAGGUGAGUUUGACAAUGCCGGCAG